CCUGGUAUAGUGCCUGUGCUCCUCUUUUUCCUUGUCUAUACAUGGAGAUCUGCUACUAGCAGUACAAAGCCACUGGGAGCUGCUGCAAGCCACUGCAGCCAAAUCAACUGGAAGUCCAAAUCACGUGACGAGGCAUUAGGGGACUACCCAGAACCAGUACUGAGAUUAAAAUGUAGCCAGAUGCAAGAGUAGAAGUUAAAGAAAACUGAGAAAAAGUCUGAUCGCAUUGGGGUCACUGCAUCUCCGCUCUGCAACUACUUUUUUUUAAUAUAAAUUAUUUGCUGAAGUGGUGUCUGAUGUAGGGAUUAAAAUCAUUUUCCUGGGUACUUCCAUGGUGUGUGGGACACUCAUUAUUUUGGAGAUUUAGCAAGAAGACUAAGUGAACACCAGAAGGUGACCAGGAAAGGCUACUCAGACCAGAAUAUCUGCUUUGUUACCCCUUCCACCUCUUGUUCCAUUUUUGUGACUCAGCAAUGGGUGCAGCUUUCAGAAGGUUUUGUGCUAAUUUCUGCUGUUGCUGUUGUUGUGCUGAUGAUGAACCCGAGGAAAAGAACCCAUUACUGAGUGAAACACUGCUCUAUUUCGACCGGGAGGCAAAGAAGAGGCGUGACCAGGAGACCAACCUUUGGAGUGAGCCGGGAGACCACAGCCACUCUGAAAGGGAUGAUGACCGUGAACUCUACAACCUGCUGCAAAAGAGGUCCAGGAUGCGCAGGGGCUCCCAGGGAUACCGGCGUCUUAGUGUUGACAUCAAUGCUAAGAGGGAGGUGCGCCGCGGUGUGAGGGACAGGUGGAAGGUGAUCCUUGAGAAUCUGGGGUUUAUGGCAGAGGCAGAAUCUCUGCUGACGGUGUCAGCCAGUGCAUCAUAUGACCGGAUGCGCAACGCCACUGUGGCCCGUGCCCUCCUGCAAACACUGCAUUCUGAGACAUCGAUCUUUGACUGCAAAGAGCCGCCACCUGAGAGAUAUAUGUUUAUCCUGGAUCGUUUAAUCUACCUGGAUGCAGCAGAAGAGUUUGUGGAGAAGGCACGUCGCUUCUAUCCAAAAAGGGAAGAGGAUGAGGAUGAGGAGCCCAUUCUGAAGCUUCCCCUCCUGGUGACCCGGAGCAGCCUGGUACCUUCAGGGGAUGAAGAUGAAGACAUGGUGGAUGGUGAAGGAAGGGCUGGUGAGCUUGAUGACAAUGACAGGUCCCUAUACUGAAUCAGACCUGCAGUGAUCAGCUAACUGCUGCAAUACAUCUGCUUAGAGAAUUCCUUAGUGCAAUGAUAGGUAGCAAAAUUGGCUAUCACUCUUUUGACUCUGUUGAAAAGAUAAAAGAUUUGUUUAAUGUUAAAAUGUUAUUUUGAAUGACUUUGAAUUUAUUCUGCUCUGUGGGAUUACAGAGGAAGGAACUUUUAACAUGAUGUAUAAAACCUAACAAUACUGGCCUGCAUUCUCAGUGGUGGUUCUAACUUGCAUGGCAUCCUGGGCGAACCUUUCCCUUUUGCCCUCUAGGCAACAAAAAAAAAAGCACUGUUCAGUGCUGUCAUAUUUGUCACAUUUGGAAUGACACUAUUAAAUUAUGAUAAAAUUUAAACUAUAUAAAUAUAAAAUACAUACAUAUACACAUACAA